AAAUGACGUUCUGUACGAACGUAAAAGAAGAAGAGGAACAAUUGAAAUUACUCAACUGUCAUCACAAAGUAUACUUUGUGUCUGUGUCGAUUAGAUUUUCUUCGUAAGUGAAAAGUUAAUUUUGUUAAAUUUUUGGGGGAGGUGCGAACGAUAAACCAAAGAAACAGUUUUGUCUGUAUAUUUUCUUCGAUUUUAUAAACUUAAAGCGAUCGAUACUCAUAUCAAAGCUACGAAAACAGUUUGAGUAAAACACAAAAACCAAAAAAAAAAAAACUAAGCAAAGUUUUCAGUCAUCAGUUUGACAUCACAACAACGAAUCAUAUCAUUAUUAUUUUUCUCAACUUUUACUCACUCCCGUUUAGUAUUUUUCUUUGUAAAAAAAACCCAACAAUAUAACAAAACUAUAAACAACACCUACAAAAACAACAACAAGAAAUCAAAGACAUCAUCAUCAUGGCACACAUUGGACGCUCUGUAAAGAAUGUUGAGGCUCCAAGACCUCUUAAAUCACAAUCACGUUCUUCACUUAAAAAUAAUUUUAUGCUUAUUGAAGAACUAAUACAAUUGAUCGAAAAUGUUGCAAUCUCAUUGCAAUCGGGUAUUAAUAAUACAGAACCUAUGGCCACUUUAGUGCAAAAUUUACGCAUUCAUGGACCACAAUUGGAGUCGGUAUCGAAAGAUACAUUAGAUCGAGCUUUUGUUGUAUUUCGUAAUGCUUCGCAGGACGAACGUUUGAAUAUAAUGACUCGUCUCAAUUUACUCGAAUUGAUUGAGUUACGUGCCAAAGGUUGGGAAGAUAGUGGCAUUAAUUCGUAUUAUAAAACUAAACAGGCUACAAACGCUGAAUUAAAUGAUGUCCAAAAUCAUGUUGAUCCUACACAAACAGCAUUUUUAAGCACCUCCCCUACAUUUGGUGGUAUAAACAUGGGGGGAAAUGCAGCUGCUGCAGCAGCUGCCGCAGCAAUUGCUUCCGUUGGCUCGGCUAAUCAGCAACAUUUGCUAUUGAGUCCCGGUGAAGUUAUACGUAAUUCGGGUAAAUUUCCAAAACCAACAAAAAUUCCCGGCAAAACAUAUUGUAAGGAUGAGGUGGUUAUACGUAAUGCUGAUUCAGGAAAAGUAAUGGGCAUCAAAGGCCGUCGCGUCCAUAUGAUAGAGGAACUCAGUGAAACUAUUAUAUCCUUCCAAAGAGUAAAUCCCGGUGCCAAAGAACGUCUGGUACAGAUUACUGGUCCAGCCGAGGACAAAAUCAAUUAUGCUAAACAUUUGAUUGAGGAUACCAUAAGACGUAAUGCCUCACCGGUACGUUUGGAUCCGGCAAUGGUUAGCAGUCAUGCUGGCGGCUCUUGUUCUUCAUUAGCAUCCUCCAAUUCCGAUGAACCCGUACAGCCACGAACUCCCGGUGCUAGUAGUAAUCUAUCCAAUCGUUUGAGUUUUAAUUCAGCUCAAAAUUUCAUGACUGCCGCUGCAGCCUCCCAACAGAUGGUGCAACAUCAACACCAACAGCAGCAGCAUAUGGCAAAUAUGCAGGGAAUGAAUACAUCUACACCUGUAGCUAAUGCCGCUGUUGCGGCUGCUGCUGCAGGUAAACCAAUACGUCCUCAUUCGCAAAUGUUAUUGCAUUCAUAUUCUACAAAUGAUGCUUCUUUAGGUGAAUACAAAUUCACUUGUAAUGUUGGCCAACAUGUAAUUAAGAUCACCGGUGAUUGUUGUGAACUAGUGAGGAUAGCCAAACUGGUAUUGGAUGAUCAUUUUAGCAGUGCUGAAUUUUUAGCUUCUAUAGAGGCUGGUGCCGCAUUUGAUGCUAGUCCCAUCUCCACACCAACUACCCCUAUGACAGGGGCACCACAAUUUGCUAUGGGCACACCAUUACAUGCUGCCUCACCAUUGGCUACCGAUAGUGGCAUUGGUCUUAAUUAUAUCUCUUCGGUUAACAACAAUAACAAUAAUCAAGAUAAUGAUGAUGACGUUUUCUUUCCCGAUUCCAAUAAUUUAUCUAAAUCAGCAUCUCAAAGUAAUGGAUUAGCACGUUCACGUAGAAGUCAUUUCUCGCGUAAAGAUUCCACGCCCGAGGCAGCAGCUAACCCGGCAAGUACAGCUAUAAUGCGUCAAAAAAGUGAACCAGGCAAUAAUGUCAACAAUACAAAUACCGAUUCAUCACGCAUUGUUCAUCAAUAUGAUCAUUUAUUGUACUAUGCUAAAAGUCCUCAUUCCUGGGCGCUACCAACCGAAUGGCAAAAGAUCUGUGACAAAUUUCCAGCCAUCAUACGUAAUAAGGAUCUACAAGAUGAAAGUAAUCGUUUUGAUGGAGAAAAAUAUUUGGAAUUGGUUAAAUCCUCUAGUAAACGUAAUAUAACAGCAGCUGAUGACAACACCACUGAGGGAGAUAAUCAAGAUAACGAAUAAAAAUAGAAUUUUUUUAAUAUUUUUCUUAACGAAAAUUUUUACAUUUAAAAAAAGAACAAUGCUUUUCAGCAUU